UCUUGUCUGACCCAACCCUCCACUUACUCACAGCUCUUCAGUAUAUUAACUGCAGCAGCACUGAUCUCAACUGUAAACAGUGAUACUCCUGUAAGUGGACAGAGCACUGAAGCAAGGUAGGUCUCUCAACGGGAAGGAUGUGGACAUUGCAGACAGUAAUGCUCAUGCUAUUCAUAGCAUCUGUUUCCUCCAAACCGUGUCAUUCAUGGAAUCAGAAACACCAUAUCAGCAGAGACUUUCAGGCAUCUGACUCAGUUGAAUCUGAUGAAUCGAGUGACGUGUCAGAUGAGGAUCGCUCACUGUCAUCGGAGUCAACUGAGCCUUUAGAAUCCAUUGAAUCCAGUGGGUUUUCGUCCAGUUCUUCUGAAUCAAGAGAAUCUUCAUCCUCUGAGGAGAAUGUUCUCACCACUCCCAGACCAGACAUCAUCACCAGCCAGACCACAGAGGAAACGAUCACCACACCUGGACCAGACAUCAUCAUCAGCCAGACCACAGAGGAAACAGUCACCACACCUGGACCAGACAUCAUCAUCAGCCAGGCCACAGAGAAAACGGUCACCACACCUGGACCAGACAUCAUCAUCAGCCAGGCCACAGAGAAAACGGUCACCACAUCUGGAGAUAUCACCUGUUUCACUGUCCUGCAUACAACAACUGAGCCCAGAGGAGAUAACUAAAGCACUACUGUGGUUCCUUAAAGGGUUAAGAAGUUCACAUGAAUGUUUAGAUUUGCUUCAGAAAUGCACUGAUCUCAAUAAAUUUUUUAUGAUCUUUUUUUUUGCUAAGCUUUACAAAUGCACUGUUCAGGCACUUUUUAAAUGUUGUUUUAUGUUUUUCUUUGGCUUAAUAUGUUUCUCUUGCACAUGUAUUGUCACUGAAGCCUGUUUUUGCAGAAGCUAAAUGGAAUAUAUGCAUGCUACUGUGUACUGCACUCCGCAGUAGCACAUCCUCAGAGAUAUACAAUGCACUUUUGUACAAUGUCACAAUAAGUCAGAAUAAAAUCCUCAAAACAUUCA